AUGAGUGCCCCUCAAUCAUCAGCCUACUUUGGUGAAGGAACCGGACAAAUUUGGCUUGAUGAUGUGGCCUGUUCAGGAAAUGAGAGGUCUCUAACUCUGUGUAAGCACAAAGGAUUUGGGAAACACAACUGUGGACAUAGUGAGGAUGCUGGUGUUGUCUGUUCAGGUGUCAGAUUGGCUGGGUCUACUCCGUGCUCUGGGCGAGUUGAAAUAUAUUACAACACCUGGGGAACAGUCUGUGAUGAUGAUUGGGACUUAAACGAUGCUGAGGUGGUUUGCAGACAGUUGGGCUGUGGUACAGCACUGAGUGCCCCUCAUUCAGCCAGCUUUGGUGAAGGAACCGGAGAAAUCUGGCUCGAUAAUGUGGCCUGUUCAGGAAGUGAGGGGUCUGUAACUCUGUGUCAGCACAGAGGAUUUGGGACACACAACUGUAACCAUGGAGAGGAUGCUGGUGUGGUCUGUUCAGCACUCCUCCCAAAGCCCAGCAUCUCCAAGAAUCCUGCUGCUGAGGUUACCUGGGGUCAGAACGUCGGCAUCACUUGUUCUGUCUCAACUCAAACUCAACAGAUUUUAAGUCCAACAUUUAUUUUGAAAAAGGCUUCAAGUUCAGUUGGAGAGACCCAAACGUCAAGUACCAACUCUGCUACCUUCAACAUGCCUGAAGUCAACUUUGACAACGAAGGAUCCUACCAGUGUCAGUAUAAGAUAACAGUUGCAGGUCAAGACUUCACCUCCUCAAGUGACUCUGUCAGCCUUUCUGUUACUGUGAGCCUCCCGACACCCAGCAUAUCCAUGAAUCCUGUUGGUGAGGUUACCUGGGGUCAAGACGUUGGCAUCACUUGUUUGAUCUCAACUCAGGUUUUAGGUGGGACAUUCAUCCUGCAGCACUCCUCAGGCUCAUCCAGAAAGACAGAAACUCGUACCAACUCUGCUACCUUCAACAUUGUCCAAGUGGACUUUCACAAUGAAGGAUCGUACCAGUGUCAGUAUCAGACAAGGAGUUCAAGUCAAGACUUCAUCUCACCCCAAAGUGACUUUGUCAGACUCUCUGUUUCUGUGCCACUGCAGCAGCCCAACAUCUCCCUAACAUCUCCUAACAGGGGGCUGGUCUGGGGCCCUGAAGGUGCACAGAUCACCAGAGGUUUCAGCUUUGUCUUCACCUGCUCCACUUCCUCCCAUUAUCCUGGAGGUGUUUUCCAUCUCAUCUUCUCUGGUUCAAACCUCACCAACACAGAGCCAGUGGUCAACCAGUCAGCCUCCUUUUCCUUCCCGGUGGCUGAGUAUGAACACCGGGGCAACUACAGCUGUGUGUAUGAAGUCACACUGUCCUCGAGGAGAUUCACUUCUACACAGACAGCACCGAUUAGUGUCGUCAUUAAAAUGCAUUUGUUGCCGCUGGUCUCUUCAGUAGCUGCUGGGGGUCUGCUGCUGCUCCUGCUAGUCUUGGUGGUGGUCUGUCUGGUCUGCAAGAGAAGACGACGAGCCAAGCACACUGGAGCCCUCGUCGAAACUCAAUUGGCUGUCAGAGUCAGGAAUGCUUAUGGAGAUACCGAGUAUGAGGACGACAAGGCCGACUAUGAGAAUGUUGAUCCAAUGGACACCAAGAAGAAUCUCAAAGAGGAAGCAGGGAAAGGGGAGGAAGAGGAGACCAAUGAUUAUGUGGAGCCAGAGAGUGACGAAGGUCAUGAUUAUGAGGAAGCGGAACCAAAGGCAAGAAUUAUAAAGACCAACAAGGUCAAUUUCAGGGUAGAGGAAAACGAAGAAGAAGAUAAUGAAGAUGACUAUGAAAAUGUUGAUCCAAUGGACACCAAGAAGAAACUCAAAGAGGAAGCAGGGAAAGGGGAGGAAGAGGAGACCAAUGAUUAUGUGGAGCCAGAGAUUGACGUCAAUUUCGUCAAUUUCAGCGUAGAGGAAAACGAAGAAGAAGAAGAAGAAGAAGAAGAUAAUGAAGAUGACUAUGAAAAUGUUACAAAGCCAUUUGGUUAAGAAACUUUGGACAUUUAUGGAGAACAGGAUAUUUAUCAAAACUUUUAAGGUGUCCAAUGGUCAACAGUGUCACAGUGGUUACCGUGGAUGAAGCACUGUUUUUUUGACCCACUGCAAAGAAUUUAAAUCUUAAGGUGCUUUCACUUCUGUAGUUCGGCUAAUUUGGUCCAGACCAAGGGCAAAAAAUGAUACAUUGUAGCAUUUUUCAGCUGUUUCAGUUCCUUUUCACACCACACGGUUUGCUCUGGUCCAAAUUAGCUGAUUAGUUGGUGAAAUGAAACAAAAUGCAGCAACACAAGUCACGUGACAACAUUCAAAUCAUUGGCCAGAUGUGUCCUGGAACACAUUUCCUAAACUGCUCUUUGAUUGGUCAGAAUUAACAUGCAGGAAAAUUCCAACGGAACUCCCGGAAGUAAACAAAGAGAGGAGGAAAAGCCAGCAGACAACAUGUGUUUUUGUCUUCUAAGUUCUAUGGAGAGACAACUGCAAGGGUUGAUUGUAGCCCUGGUCAUCAUAGCACAGCACAGCUGACUAUGGCAGCUGGUUUAGUCCAAAUAUGCACAGUUUUUUCAGCAGUUGGGUCUG